GAAAUUUAUGCAAAAUGAAAAGACAAAAAUACUGUCAAAAUGGCCUUAAACAACCUCAAAUAGUUGUGGUGAUGGUUCCCUUCCCAGCCCAUGGCCAUAUCAAUCAGCUCCUCCACCUCUCUCGUCUUAUAGCCUCCUAUGGCAUACCGGUUCACUUUGCUGGAUCAACUGUGCACAAUCGCCAAGCGAAGCUCCGUGUCCAUGGUUGGGACUUGGAAAGUUCAGAGCAUCUCCAACCACUUUCUGAUGCUUCUUCACAUCUCCGUCAACCUGUGUUUCAACUUUUACAAGAACUUUCAUCUAAUUUUAGGAGAAUUGUUAUCAUUCAUGAUAACCUGAUGGCCUCAGUAGUGCAAGACGUAAAAUUGAUCCCAAAUGCAGAAUCUUAUACUUUUCUAUCAGUAUCUGCCUUUACCAUCUUCUUUAAUAAAUGGGAGUCCAUUAUAGAAAAACCUUUUGAAUUAGAUUCUGAUGUUCCAAGAUACAUCCCUUCUAGAGAAGGGAGCUUCACACCAGAGUUUGAGAAAUUUAUAAUAAAUCAACACAAGCUUUUGGAAUUUGAAUCUGGAAGACUUUUUAAUACAUGCAGAUUGAUAGAAGGUAGAUACAUGGAACUAUUGUCAAAACUAUCAACGAAUGUUAACAAGAAACUGUUUUCUAUAGGACCUUUCAAUCCGGUGGAAGCAAAAGGAAAAACGAACACUUGUAGGCCUGGAUGCCUUGAGUGGCUAGACAAACAGGAGAUAGAAUCUGUGGUAUAUGUUUCUUUUGGAACAGUAACAUCUAUGGAUGACGAGCAGGUCAAAGAGUUGGCAAUAGGAUUGGAAAGAAGUGGGCAAAAGUUUAUAUGGGUUCUUAGAGAUGCUGAUAAAGGCGAUUUAUUUGAAGAAGAUGAGGCAAAAACUCUUCAGCUGCCAGAAGGAUAUGAAGAAAGAGUGAUAAAUAGGGGAAUUAUUGUGAGAGGCUGGGCACCUCAGCUUGAGAUUCUAGCCCAUCCAGCAACGGGUGGAUUCCUGAGUCACUGUGGGUGGAACUCAUGCUUGGAGAGCAUCACCAUGGGAGUGCCAAUAGCAGCAUGGCCUAUGCAUUCUGACCAACCCAAAAACAGCAUUUUGAUAACACAAGUCCUACGGAUUGGUUUGUUAAUCAGGGCUUGGGAACACAGAGCUGAGCUGGUAACAUCAACUGCAGUUGAGAACACAGUAAGAAAAUUGAUGAAAUCGGAAGAAGGAAAAGUGAUGAGGGAAAGGGCAGCAGAACUAGGCAGAGCUGUUCGAGCCUCAGUAGCAGAUGAUGGAAGUUCUCACUUGGAAAUGGAUUCUUUCAUUGCUCAUAUUAGCAGAUGAAAUUUUUUUUCACAGCUCAAAGGCACAAGUAGGGUAAGCAGCCUAUAAGCAUUGUUUCUUUCUGUAUUAUGGUCUUGUUGUGUAUUGAACACUGGUCACAUUAAUGCACCAAAGGCCCAGAGCAUAAGUUGCAUA